AUGUAUAUUGCUCAGUGUCGUUAUGCCACUGGAGCAAGGGAUGUAGUUAAGCAACAAUACAAAAUUGGGCAUGGAGCUACAAAAAGCAUGGAAGAAGUGGAGGACCUUCCUAAUUACAUAACAAAUUAUGGAAACAAACAAGGCAGAAAAGGAAAUGGAGCUACAAAAAGCAUGAAAGAAGCGGAAGUAAGUGAUUACACAACUAACUUUAUACAGGACCUUCCCAAUUACAUAACAAAUUAUGGAAACAAACAAGGUAGAAAAGGAAUUGGAGUUACAAAAAGCAUGAAAGAAGUGGAGGGCAUUCCCAAUUACAUAACAAAUUAUGGAGGCAGAAAAGGAGUUAAGACUCCUUACACAAUGAGUUAUGCAAUCAAAGAAGAAGUCGAGACUCCUUAUACAAUGAGUUAUGCUACCAAAGAAGAAGUCCAGACUCCGUACACAAUGAGUUAUGCAACUAAAGAAAGCAACAAGGAAGUUAAAACUCCUUACACAAUGAGUUAUGCAGCCAAAGAAGAAGUUUUGACUCCUUACACAAUGAGUUAUGCAACUAAAGAAGGCAAAAAGGAAGCUGAGACUCCUUACACAAUGAGUUAUGCAACCAAAGAAGAAGUCAAGACUCCUUACAUAAUGGGUUAUGCAACUAAGGAAGGCAAAAAGGAAGUUGAGACUCCUUACGCAAUGAAUUAUGCAACCAAAGAAAGGAAAGAGGAAGUUGAGACUCCUUACACAAUGAGUUACACAACCAAAGAAGCAGAGACUCCUUACAUAACAGGUUACACAACCAAAGUAGCGGAGACUCCUUACAUAACGGGUUACACAACCAAAGAAGCGGAGACUCCUUACAUAAUGGGUUACACAUCCAAAGAAGCGAAGACUCCUUACACAAUGAGUUAUGCAACAAAAGAAGGAAAAAAGGAAGUUGAGACUCCUUACAAAAUGAGUUAUGGAACAGAAGAAGUUGAGCCUUCUCAUGAGCAUGUUCAUAUUCAUAUGCAUCCACAAUCUCAACCUCACAUGGAUCACAAUGAAGCAUCCAAGCAAGGAUUUUUCACGUUCGAUGAUUUACACUGCGGUAUGAGAAUGCCUCUCCACUUUCCCAACCAAGAACAUUCUCGUUUCCUGCCUAAAGAAGUAGCUGAUUCCAUCCCAUUCUCAACACCACAUAUCCCACAAAUUCGUCAACUCUUCUCAAUCCCACAAGGUUCUCAAGAAGCGAAGAAUGUCGCAUAUGCACUUGAACAAUGUGAGAUGAAACCCAUCAAGGGUGAGACGAAGUUUUGUGCCACUUCUCUGGAGUCCAUGACAAAUUUUGUUACCAAGAUCAUCGGUUCAGGUGUUCGCUUCAACAUUCUCUCAACCGAGAACCCCACAACAUCAACAUCCAUCACACAAAGCUACACUAUCUUAGAAGAGCCUAAACAAGUUUUGGCUUCCAAAAUGGUUUUUUGCCAUCCAUUGGCCUAUCCUUAUGCAGUGUUCUUCUGCCACCAUUUUGAGAAAGACACCAAAUUCUUCAAGGUUAAACUUGGAGGUGAGAAUGGUGAUAAGGUUCAAGCUGUAGCUGUUUGCCACAUGGACACUUCUGAUUGGGACCCUGCCCACUCCUUAUUUGCCCUUCUUGGAAUUAAAGCUAGUGCUUCAUCUCCAGUUUGCCAUUUCUUGCCCGAAAAUCAUCUAGUUUGGAUCCCAUCACCUGCAACAUCUGCUAUCUGAGUACGUAGCGAUUCUGUUGGAUCUUGGUUCUGUGUAUCAUACCGUAUCGUGCGUGUAAAAUAACGAUCCAUCACCAAGUUCUGGUAGUACGGUUGAGCAUUCAUGCUAGUGUUUUCGAAUUACAAUCUACUUUUUUUUGUGUAUCAUACCGUAUCGUGCGUGUAAAAUAACGAUCCAUCACCAAGUUCUGGUAGUAUGGUUGAGCAUUCAUGCUAGUGUUUUCGUAUUAUCAAUCUACUUUGUACUUUGUUGUUUGUAUCAAUAAGUUGAAUCUCUUUAAACAUUGGACCAAGAAAUGUUUGGUUUGAACUUGAGAUCAUUUUCCACUCAUCGUAAAACUACGAUCUACUUAAAUAUAUCAAGAUUUGACCAACUUAGAAACGAGUACAACAUAAAGGGAUCAUUUUCUUAUCAUGGUGGGCGUUAUUUGCUGGGAGAUAUGGAAGGAAAGGUGCAAUGCUUUUUUUUCAGGAAGGACCCUGAUACCACAGCUACGCUGAAGGGAUCAUCUCCCGCUCUGUGGCGAAGAGGCUUGAGCGUCAUUGCAGAGAGACCAGAGCUUCUGCCAUCACAAGAAGAAAUGCCAUUUGGACCCUUCCCACACCCGCUUUUGUUAAAAUAAAUGUAGAUGGUGAAUGGAGAUCAUCUUGCAAGGCUGGCCUGGGCGUUGUCAUACGAGAUUGGGAGGGAUCCUUUUGGGAGGCGAACACUGCCAUCUCCUCAGAUCAUCUGUUGAGGAAACUGAGGCAGAGGAAGCACGUUCAAGGCAGGUAUUAGCUAAAGACAUGGAUUUGCAGAACAUCAUGUUGAAAGUGAUUACAAAGUCAUUGUCUUGAAGAAGUCAGUUAAAAGCAUAUGCAAAAUAUACCCUACUACAGAGGAGAUUUGGAGGUUAUCUUCAUCUCUAGCACCAGUUCAGUGGAAUUGGAUUCACAAGGAAGCCAACAAAGCAGCACAUGUUCAGUGGACUUGGAUUCAUAAAGAAGCGAACAAAGCAGCACAUAAAGCUACUUGUCUGGGUAUCGAGAGAGUGCCGUCACAUGUGCCUUUGUGGCUUGGUGAUGCUUCGGUGUUGCGUGACUCGUCACCGGUGCCCCUGUGCCUAGGUUAGUGAUGCUUCGGUGUUGCAGGACUCGUGAGUGAGUUUGCUGCGUAACAUUGCAUUUCCUCUCGCCCUAUCUGAGGCUUUAAAUCUGAGUUGACCAAAGUGAAGAAAGUAGAACACUAGGAAUGAUAUUUAAAGAGUAGUGCACUUUUUUGUUUUUUUUUUUGGACAAACAAGUGGAGUAGAUU